AUGUGUGGCAUAUUGUUUUCACUGACAACAGCACAACAACAAGUCGACCCGGAAUUAUGGCAAACGUUGACAGAAAUCAACACCAAACGAGGACCUGAUUCGCAACAGACUCGAACCAUCUCAGUUGGAGACCACUUUUUACAGUUUUACUCAACCGUGCUACACUUACGAGGUCGUGAUAAUGUACCGCAGCCUGUAUGCGAAAACGGCAAUAUUCUCUGCUGGAACGGCGAAAUUUUUGAUGGAUUAUCUAUUGCAUUAGGCGAAAAUGAUACUGCAGCACUUAUGCAGCAUUUGACGCGAGUCGAUACAAAGAAUUCUACAGCAUUUCUCAAAGUCAUUUCGCGGAUAGAGGGUCCGUUUGCCUUUGUAUUUUGGCAGGAAGAAAGCAAACGGCUCUGGUUUGGGCGUGACUGUUUGGGACGUCGAUCCCUUUUAUGGUCUCGAAACGAGAACUCGCUGGUGAUUAGUUCUGCUGCACAGCCUAAUGAUAAGGUAGAAUGGCAAGAAGUACCUGCAAACGGGAUCUAUAGUGUACAGUUAGGAAAGGAGGACGAACCCGAAACUCCUGUACUGUUGUAUCCAUGGCUACAACAAGAAGAAAACCCACGUUUGGCAUUGCCAUUUCCUCGGCUUAACCGAGGUAUACCCGCCUUGGGCACAGAAACAAUAGACAGCAACAACGAGUUGCCACCACCAGACGAAACGAUGCAAACAGCAGUCCGCGACUUUACCAAUGUCCUCGAUGACGCUGUCAAGCGGCGUGUCGCAGAUAUACCUUUUAUAGACUCGGUUCAUUCCCGGCCACGGGUGGCUGUUUUGUUUUCAGGCGGACUCGACUGCAUUUGUCUCGCUGCGCUGGCGCAUCGACAUUUGCCGGUGUCCGAACCUAUUGACUUACUAAACGUUGCGUUUGAGAAUCCUCGAUCACAGAACGCAAAGCAGCAGAAAAAAGCCAGCGGCGAUGGUGGUACUACAAACACUGCUACUGCUACUGUUUAUAAUACUCCUGAUCGUGUCACAGGACGCGCCAGCGUGGAAGAGCUGAGAAAGAUAGCUCCUGAAAGAACAUGGCAUUUUGUCGAAAUCAACGUUCCUUAUUCAGAGGCGAUGACGUACCGCGAACAUAUCAUUAAUCUGAUGCAUCCUCUUGAUACAGUCAUGGAUCUGAGCAUUGCCAUGGCUCUUUGGUUUGCGUCGCGCGGUAAAGGGACGAUCGAUAUUGAUGGUGCAUAUGAGCCUUAUGAAAGCCAUGCGCGCGUGCUGAUCUCAGGACUGGGCGCUGACGAGCAAUUGGGGGGAUACUCGCGGCAUAGAGAAGCGUUUCGCCAUGGCGGAUGGGAACGAUUGAUUUCAGAAGUAUGUGUUGUCACUGUUGUCUCCUCGUGA